GGACUUACAAACAGAGGUGGUGGUUCUCCGUCUCCUGGAGCAACAUGUCUGGUUAUGUGAUUACCAGAGAUGCUAAAUAAAAGCUGUUAAACUGAACAUUCUGACACAGAUGUGCCCCCAUGGACAGUGAGAUGAUUUCUCAAGGAACAAAGGAUGUGGAGUGAUGCAAUGGCACUCGGGCACGGCUCCAAAAAGUCAAUUUCAUGUGGCCAGGGGGUCACAGCUGCUUCUCAGGUAGGAGCUGGUGCACAAGCUGUGGCUCCACCCAUCAGGAAGACGCUGUCCUGCAAGUGUCUCCUGGCCUUCCUUAUCAUCAUCCUCAUAGCUGCAGGAGCCACACUGGCCUGGUACUUCCUAGAAUACAGGGUUUGGGUGUUGGAACCUCGUGUCCAGCAGCAGUACACAGCUUACCUGUCCAUCCUCAACAGGAACUUCUCUGCUGAUCUGUCCUCCCACAGCAGUCCUGCAUUCAAGAAAGAGGCCAAGGGAGUACAGAACAUGGUAGAGAAGAUAGUGAAGGGCUCAAGUCUUUCUCGAUAUUUCAACUGCACCACUGUGUUCGCCUUUGGGGAGGGGAGUGUUGUGGCUCACUUCUGGAUAGUGAUGUCUGUGCCAGGCAGCCAUGUUGGGAAGGUCACACUGGAGAAGGUCACCGGGAGCUUGGAGAAUGGCCUGAGGUGGUAUAGAGGGUCAGAGGAGGAGGAGACUGUCAGAAUCGAUGGAUACCUCCUCCUCCCCUCGCUGUCUGUCACUGAAACCGACAACAAAGUUAUAGAGCUUUUGAAAGCCUCAUUUGACUGCUACCGCUACCAGAAGGUGGUGUCCAGUAGUCCUGUAGCUCUCCGUGGCCCCGACACACAGUGCGCCUCCUGCCUGUGGCACCUCCAAGCCGCCCCCGGCUCCCAGCUGGAGCUCCACAUGGAGUGGCUGCUGCCAGAGUGUCGAGACAGGCUGGUGGUGUACAACUCCCUCACCCCGACUGAUACUCACCUCAUCACCUCAGUAUAUGGCUGCAGCAGACAUGAGCGUGUGGUGCGUGUCCUGUCAUCAGGCGAGUGGAUGACGGUGGUUUGGAAACAGGGUUUGUACAACUAUAAGGACCCCUUCUCUCUGUCUGCACAAGCCUGGGACCACCAGGAUUGUAAUUCCACCAUAGAGCUGAAGGCAGUAUCAGGGGUCCAGGGGUCACUGAGGACACCUUUCUUCCCCAGCUACUAUCCACCCGACACCAACUGUACCUGGAGUUUUAGUAUGCCCAGGGUAGGAAUGGGCUUGUCUUUGGAAUUUGAGGGCUACGAGCUGAGCAGAGCCACCUACAACCAGGCCUGUACCCAGGGACAGUGGAUCAUCCAGAACCGCAGAUUUUGUGGUACCAGGGGCCUGCAGCCAUACAACGAACGCCUCCUCCUGAUGUCCACAAUGGCCACUGUUGUCAUGACAUCAGAAGUGUCACUCACAGGGCCGGGCCUUCAGCUGUUCUACAGAGUCUUCAACCUAUCCGAUCCCUGCCCAGGCCAGUUUCUGUGCACUGUUAAUGGCCUGUGUGUUCCUGCCUGUGAUGGAAUCAAGGACUGUCCCAACGGGCUUGACGAGAGGAACUGUGUGUGUGCAGCACAGUUCCAGUGUCCAGAGGACAGUCAGUGUGUGGACUACUACAAGGUGUGCGACCAACACCCAGACUGCCCUGAAGCAACGGACGAGAUGAACUGUACUGAUGGUGUGCAGUGUACAGAUAUGACCUAUGUGUGUGCUGAUGGAACAUGUCUGAAGAAGCCAAACCCAGAAUGCGACUUUGUCACAGACUGCCCCGACGCCUCAGAUGAGAAACAGUGUGACUGUGGCCUGAGGCAGUUCUCCAGCCGAAUUGUGGGGGGAACCAAUGCCACGGAGGGGGAAUGGCCAUGGCAGGCCAGCCUGCAGGUGCGGGGUACCCACAUCUGCGGGGGCGCACUAAUCUCCAGCCAAUGGGUGGUGUCCGCCGCCCACUGUUUCUAUGACGACAGUCUCUACUCACCGUCGGCGUGGACGGUCUACCUGGGUAAACUCCUGCUCAACCGUAACAGCCCUACUGAAGAAGUGGCACGAGUUCAGCGGAUCCACCUUCAUCAAUACUACGACGACGAUUCCCACGACUAUGACUUGGCCCUCCUGAAGCUGGACCGGCCCGCCUCCAUGCUGCUGGAUGGACAUGCUCGACCCGCCUGCCUGCCUCCGCCCACCCACCUACUGGAGCCGGACCUACUUUGCUGGGUCACCGGCUGGGGCGCUCUCCGUGAGGGGGGCAGUGUCAGUAAUGUGCUGCGCAAGGUGGAUGUUCGCCUGGUCAGCGAGGAAGCCUGUGUUCGCUCCUAUGGCCACCUGGUCACUCCCAGAAUGCUUUGUGCCGGUUACCGCAGUGGAAACAAAGAUGCCUGUCAGGGAGACUCUGGUGGUCCCUUGGUUUGCCAGGAGCCAACGGGUCGCUGGUUCCUGGCCGGGGUGGUGAGCUGGGGCAAAGGCUGCGGGCGUCCAGACUACUAUGGUGUGUAUACCCGCAUCACAAGGCUCACUGACUGGAUCAAGCAGGUUAUCAGCAACCCCUGAAACAUUGGGCAUCUUAAUCAUUUUUUAUGUCAAUAUCCUCAUAACCCAAAACUGGAUGCAAAUGAAAAUGUUAUCCACAUGAGGAUAAGAAGCGCUGGAAGAUGAUUUGAGCUUGCUUCUCAGCCAAACAACCAGCUGGUAAAGUGUGAUUUCAUUCCAUUAUAUAAUAAAGCUAAUAAUAAUCAACCUUAUUUAUGUGGUGCCUUUUAGAACUGAUUUGAUAAAGUGUUUAUCGAGCGUGCAGUAGAAGGAAACAUGAAAGCAAAAUGUCAGGAGAAUGGUAAUAGAACUUAAAUAGAAUAGCCUAAUGAUUUUUUAAGAAGUGAUUAAGAAAAGCUCAGGUUUGAAAUGUGUAUGAAAUAUAAUGAUAGAGAACUAUGAAAGCAAUUUGAGGUGACUGUAAUCCCGUGUUUGAUCAUUUACUAUACAGACUCAUCUAGAUUUUAAAUAUAUUGAAAUCUUAAAUCAAUUUUUCCAUAAUUAAACACCCUUAUGUUUUGAAAUAUCAAUUGCAAUUUAGGCUGCUGUGUUUGUUUGCAUGUUAUACAACAGUACAAGUCUACAGUCAUGCUAGUGGCUGUCUAGCUGCUAACAUCAGCGUGCCAACAUGUUCAAAAUGACAAAAUGUUAGCAUGCCGAGGUUUAGCAGUUAUGUUUACCAUUCAAGUUUAGCAUGUUAACAUUUGCAAAUUAGCACUAAACACAAAGUACAACUGAGGCUUUUGGGAAUGUCAUGAGUUGGACAAAUUGAAAUUUGUAUCUGAUGGUGACGCUAAAUGAAAGGUCAGAAAUUCACUAACAUUAUUACAAUUUAUCAUGAAUGAAUGUCUUCGCAAAAUUUCACAGCAGUCCAUUUAAAAGUUGUUGAGCGAACUGGAUUAUAGAGGUGAAUGACCAACCAACCGACACUGACUGACAACUCCUCCUUGUGGAAAUAUGUUCAACUGCAGCUAAUGCAAAACUGAAUCCUUGGCAACUGAUUUCAUGUUUGCAGGUGUAAGUUUAAUGUUUUCUUUAACAAGCUGCUUUUGAGAAUGUCAUUUUCAAGGUUUAUGAAUCACUGUAUCCAAGGAGAGGCAUUUUUUUCUUUUCAGUUGAUUUUAGGGGAUUGUGAGGUGCCAGAGCUUGGCAUCCCUCCUUGUGGCUGAAUGCUUUUGAGUCAUUGUGAUUUGUAAACAAAACUGGAAAGGAGAGCAUUUGUCCUCGGAAACUGAUUUUGAUUCUGCUGAAUGACAGACAAGCAAGGUUGGACAUAUAUCUAUCUAUUGGUCUAUCUAUCAUUACUCUGGCGCCAUCUGUCUUGCUUCCCAAUUUCCCUCUGUAUCUCAUUAUUUCUCUCUCACUCAUCUUUUUUAAACUGGAAAUGAGCCCUAAUCCUUAGGGGAUGUUUCAAUAUUUGGAAAUUCCCAUUUUCGGUGCAAUUGGUAUUUUAUUAGGCUGUAAACCAUAAUGACAGUACUGCUCUGAGGCAUAACAACAGUGCUCAGACUGGCCUUUGGGGGCCACAGAAACCAUCCAUUAUGUGUCCUAUACAGUACUAUAUGUUCAAUGCUUAAAAAUGACCUUCACCAUUUUCAUUUAUGAGAUUUUGACAUUUCGAUUAUAAAACAGCAGGUACAUUUCUUAAACAUUUACAGGAUUUAUUCAAUGUAAUUUGUGCAGUCUUAUUUGUAAAUUAUAUCACAUUACAGGAUUUCUGGGUCUAAUUUCAUGCUCUUCCCUUUGGUCGCCUUUAGCAUAGAUAGUGUUCAUUAACGGACGGGAAGAUAAAAAUUAUUGUUCAGGGUAGUUACAUUAACAAAUUGUGCAUUUUCUGAAUUAUUAAUGCGUGUCACAUAAAAUUUACUUCAUGCUUGACCCAGGUCGGACUUCAACCCACAAUGCCUUAUCCAUUAGGCCUCUGAGCCAUAAAAUAUACAAAAUAGAGUGAUGAAAUGCAUCCAUAAAUAUUCUGCCAGACAGUCAGAAAUUCAAAAUGCCACAAAAUUGUCCCAUGUCCCCAUGUCAAGUAAAUGUUAUCCAGUCCACUGAGAUAAACAAAGAAUAAAACUGUUUUAUGUGGCAUUCACCUAUGCUGACCACCUAUGA